AAAUGAACGACGAAGCGAAGCAACGAUGCGUAAUUUUCGAUACGGAUAUGGGAGCUGACGAUGCCUGGGCACUGCAAAUGAUCCUAAAGGCAGAGAAAUCCAGGGAAAACGUCAAAGUGCUUGCGAUUACAACGGUGCAUGGAAAUGCAACGGUUGAAAAUGUAAUCAAAAAUACUUAUCGCAUCUUGGACGGUCUUGAUCGCACUGAUAUCCCAAUCUAUAAAGGUGCAACCGAACCAUUGAUCCCUGAAGAGACGAAAAUUGGUAUGAGUUUCGGAUCAAACGGAUUUUGUGACGUUGAAUUUUGGAAACCCCAUUACCCAACCGAUAUCAAUGAAAUAAUUCAACGGCAAAAUGCGGUUGAAAUCAUUCGUGAAUUAGUGAUUGAGCAUCCUCACGAAAUAUCCCUCAUUUGUCUCGGGCCAUUAACUAACAUCGCUAUGGCUAUCAAAACAUAUCCAGAAAUAAAGAAAGAUAUCAAAGACGUUUUUAUUAUGGGUGGCAAUUGCAAAGGAAGAGGAAAUGCAUUGGCUGGAUCUGAAUUUAAUUUUUAUAUGGAUCCAGAAGCAGCGAAUAUCGCUUUAAAUUCACUAAAAUGCCCGAUGACAAUAGUACCCUUAGAAUGUGCAUCAGAAAUAGACAUAUCAUUGGAUUGGAGAUUUAAUGUGUUGGGAAGCGUUGACCAUACAAACGUACAACUACUGAAUGAAAUUGAGCAAAUUGCAUAUCGUGGCAAACAAUUUUACACACCAUUUGACUCGUUAUUAGUCGCAGUUUUUCUUUUCCCAGAAAAAUGCAUUCAAACAAAAUACAAUUAUCACGCUACAGUUGAGCUACAAGGUCUUCACACUCGCGGUCAAAUCGUUUUCAAUUUAAACAGCAGCAAACACAAUGUUUGUGUCAUCGAAACGGUAUACCAAGAAGAAACGAAAACUUUGCUACUGUGGGCUGCAAACGCAUAACGGAUCAACAAUUCACAUCAUAUCUUAAAACCAAUUAUAAGAGUAAU